GGAACCACCGGAACCGAGAACCGGAGCGUCGAACCGCGCACAGCUGCGGGGCUGCGCACGUUUGGUGCACACGCGCACACACACACACACACACACACACACACACACACACACACACGGACACACACACACACACACACACACACACACACACACACACACACACACACACACGGACACACACACACACACACAGACAGACACACACACGGACACACACACGGACACACACCGCCUCCUCUCCGCAGAUCCUCCAGACAUCCACCGACUCCGGACGCAGACACACGCCGACCGGUCCAGGUCCAGGUUCUGGUUCUGUCCUGCCCCCUCCAUCCUGCCAUGUCCAAUGACAGCAGCCUCGUGGGCAUCUGGGAGGCCUCUGAUUGGGCCGACACCUCCCAGUGCCCGCCCUCAGUGGGCGGAGCCACUUUCCUUAUUGUGGCCUACAGCGCUGUCAUCGCCAUCGGGUUGCUAGGCAAUGCGGGCCUGGUGUUCAUCAUCGCCCGGCAACAGGAGCUACGCAACGUCACCAACAUCCUGAUCGCCAACCUGUCCUGUUCCGAUAUCCUGAUGUGUGUCGUCUGUCUGCCGGUGACCGUCAUCUACACCCUGAUGGACCGCUGGGUGCUGGGAGAGGCGCUGUGCAAGGUGACUCCGUUCGUCCAGUGCAUGUCGGUGACAGUGUCCAUCUUCUCCCUGGUCCUCAUCGCUCUGGAGCGCCACCAGCUGAUCCUCCAUCCCACCGGCUGGUCUCCGGCUGCUGGACACUCCUACCUGGCCGUGGGACUCACCUGGCUGGUGGCCUGCUUCAUCUCGCUGCCCUUCCUGUCCUUCAACAUCCUCACCAAUGACCCCUUCCAGAACAUCAGCCUGCCUGCCAACCCCUUCAGGGACCAUCUGAUCUGCAUGGAGCUGUGGCCGUCGGACAAACACCGCCUGGCCUACACCACCUCACUGCUCAUCUUCCAGUACUGCCUGCCGCUGCUGCUGGUUCUGCUGUGUUACCUCCGGAUCUUCCUGCGUCUGAGAAGACGAAGGGACAUACUGGAGCGCAGUAGGAGGACUCGGGGAGCCCAGAGGAUUAACGCCAUGCUGCUGGCCAUCGUGGUCGCCUUCGCUCUGUGCUGGCUGCCGCUCAACGUCUUCAACACUCUGUUCGACUGGCACCACCAGGCGCUGCCUGACUGCCAGCACGACACUGUCUUCUCCGCCUGCCAUCUGACAGCGAUGGCGUCCACCUGCAUCAACCCCAUCGUCUACGGCUUCCUCAACAGCAACUUCCAGAGGGAGCUGAAAUCGACGUUGCAGCGCUGCCAGUGUGGAAACCGGCCGGCGGAGAGCUACGAGAGCUUCCCUCUGUCCACGGUGGGCAGCGAGGGGAUGACCAAGGCCACGUCCCUCAACAGGAUGGGGUCAGUGUAUGUCCCAUCACCCAGGCUGGAGAUCGGCUCAGCGAUACCUGCCAAAACACUGCCGACUAACACCUAAUGAAGAGCACCAGCGAACUCUCUUCUGGCAGGAGGCUGGAAGGUAAAAGACAGCAGGAAAUAGUUUCCAGAGACGGCUGUCCAGACCUCUGGGUGAGUUCAGAACUGUCCGGCUCACCGUUCAGGGUCAGGAGAGGCCGAAUAGUGGAGCUCCGAGUCUACAACACGAGAAGCAAAACCCUGGAAAUGGACUCAAACACAAGAUAGGAAGAAAAAUGACCGACUCCCUUUAGUUACUGACACCAAUCCUCGUUAAGACCUUCUGAUGAUGGUGUUUCCAGGUCCACCCUUCUACUGCAUCGGUUCAUCUUUAUAACAUGCUGUGAUGAUGGGUUUGAAUAGAUAUGAGUCCUUGAGCGCCCCUGUAGUUCAACUGGUGGAGCAGGCGACCCAUAAACUGGGUCAUGGUCCCGAUGCAACGGUCAUGGGUUCGAGUCCGACCCAUGGCCAUCUACUGCAUGUCUUUCUUCCACUCUUCUACCCACACUUCCUGUCUCUCUCUCCACUGUACAUUAUAAUGAAGGCAAAAAGGCCAAAAAAGUCUAAAAAAUAUAAAAGAUAUGAGUCCAGAAGUGACAUUCAGUUGUUAUUCUACUGCGGCCUUUUAUUAGCCCCACUAAUUUAUGACCAUAAAUUUCUGAAUAAUUUAUGGGAUAUGACAAUAGCACACCUUUAUGUUUUUAAAGACUCUUCUCAGUUUUACUCUACGGCCUCCAACCAUCAGAGUUUUAAGACUUUUGAAACUAUGAGUCACUUAUAAACUAAGAUUUGAGUUUGGAGAUUAAGCUUAGAAGUAGGGAAGUCAAAGGCCAGAAUCAGGGUCAAUCAAGGCACCUUUCAUCAGGUGUAUGUCGACAUUAACAUAAGACUAAAACUUUGUUUACUGUCACACAGGUGUUGUAAAAGGAAAGCACAAUAACUUAAUAGUUUUCUGAAUCAAUAAUCAGCUGCUUUAUCAAUCGUUAACAGAUUAAUCAAAAUGAAUGUCAUGUAAUGAAUACUUGAAAUGAUCUGUAGCUCAGUCCAGGUCAGUUUGGUUUGUCUUAAACACAUCAGUUCUAAUUGGAGGUCAUUAACCGCCACAGAAGUCUUUGUCAUGGUGCCCCUUUACUAGCUAAACUCCCACAAUGCUCUCUCCUUUAACAUGAGCUGUAGUCUGAGUGACGCCUCCUCUGGUCUCUACAGUAUUAAACAGGAAUAGGCUCCAUCUGGUGGAACAACCAGGAACUACAGCUGAUCUGACGAAGCGGUUGGACUUGGAAAUAGCUGCUACAUCAGACUCAACAUGAGGAUUGGUUCAGAAACUACUGUUUUAAGCGUUGGGUUUGGGGUUUGUCCAUUGCCAUCUCAGUCUUUUGUAACUGGACGUAAUGAGUGAUUGGUGGAUCUGACUGAGAACUCGAGGACACUCUGAUUUGAUCACGAUGUAGCCCUGUCCUAAAGCGCUUUAUCGUCUGUUUUCCCAACAGUUCCGGAAGUCAACAUCUCAAUGAAAUCAUUGGAUAUCAUUCCCAUACAUAUGGACCAGUAGGGACCUCCACCUUUUAGCAGACUGAGGUAUCACUUCAUUGAAUUAAAAUCUGUUAUCACUUCAUUUAAUGGCGAUCAAACUGUGGUUUAGUAUUAAGAAGAGCAAAAGUCCACAUUUGGAGUCAGGUCUCAGAUCAUAAUUAUGGUUUUACUUUUUUAUUUAAGUGUUUCAUUUUUACUCACUGUUGACUUGUGUUUUCAGUCAGUGUUUGGUUACGUUUCUGUACCAAAACGACUGAGUUUAAGUUUCAGCCCCAUAGUGACUUGGAGAGGUUGAGACCAAAAAAAAAACCACUUGGUAAGUCUUUUGCAUCAAAACAGCUUGGUUAAACUUAACCACUUAACACCAAAACUACUUGGUUUCAUGUAGGUCUCAUCUGCACAACUACAAGGUGUCCCUGAUGUUAUUGGGAUUAUUUUCUGUUUAGCAGAUACUGGAACUGCUGAUAAAACCCAGUGAAGCUGCUAGAAGAUGGAGGAGGACACUACUGGACCAAAUGUGUGGGAAUGAUCCAUGAUGAUGAUGGUCUUUUGAUGGGUGAUUCUCCUGUAAAUGGGACCAUAAUUUACUAAAAGAACUCCUUACUGUGGUAACCCUUUGAUGCAUAGACCACAUGAGGAGAUACCCAUUUUCCAUUGGUUUUGGGUCACUUUUGACCCAGGUUAUGCAUCAAAGGGUUAAAGGAGAUUUCAAACUACCAACCGGGACCAUAAACUCAUUAGAUCAAUGAUCACUGAGGUAACAGAUGAAGUGAGAAGUAGGAUCAUUUUCUCAUCAGUGCAGUUAGACCUCAUGUUGCCAUCAGUCGCCCCCUGCUGACUGCUUGACAGAAUGCAGGUUUGAUAUGUUUUAUGUGUACAAUGUAAAUGAUAUUUUUAUAACGAACCCUGAUGACGAUGAGCAUGACUUACUGCAUUUUAAAGGUGUGGUGGAGAUACAGUGGAAGAAAAAAAUACUACUAAACUACUCUGUGCGCCGUGUGGAAGAUGUUUCCUUGUACUUUCAGUGAGUUUAAAUAAGUGAUAGACAUAGUCGAUGCCAGUCAGCCUUACUUUAUCCAGAAUGAGAUGAAACUCUGUAGGAAUGUUUUAAAGACUCAGCUGAGUUUGUAGCAGCCGUCAAACUGUCACCAGGCUUUUAACGGCGUUUCAUCCUGUUCUUUCUGCUCUACGUAAACAGAGUAAUGUCACACAGGAUCUUCAAACGAUUUAACCCUCCUGUUGUCUUCAUUUACGAGCAUGAAAAAAUAUUGUUUCCUUGUCUGAAAAAAAAUCCAAAAAUUCAGCAAAAAAAUUCUCCAAAUUUCAGAAAAUUUGCAAAAUCUUCAGGAAGAAAAUUCCAAUAAUUCCUUAAAAGUUUCCCUUAAAAGUUUUACUUAAAAAAAAAUCCCCCAAAUUUGGCAAGAAAAUUCCUGUAAAUAUAUUCAAAAAAUGAUUAAUAAUAUCUAAAAUGAUUCCAUAUAUAUCAGUAAAACUUCAAAUGUUUUCUUAAGAACAUAAAAAUCACCCAAAAUCCAGUGAAAUUCGCUGGAUUUUGGGUGAUUUUUUCUGAAUGUUCUUAAGAAACAUUUUUAACAUUUCUUUUUUCCACCAAAAAAUGUUCAAAGAUUUCCCAAAAAUGUUGAAAAUGUGGACAUCAGAAGUUUCACUGUGAAAAUAUUUAUUUUCCCACAUUUUCAAACUUUAAAAUGGGUCAAUUUUGACCCACAGGACGACAACAGGGUUAAAACACCAAACUCCUGCUUUCAGGUUCCUUUUUUAAUAUCUAGCUGUGCCUGAUUAUUUUAGUAGUAGAACAGAUGAAUCCUGAUUUGGGUUUUAAAUGAUCGUCUGUUAUAUCAGUUAAAGUGUCUCUUUAACGAAUGAGCGUUUUCACCUUUGCCGACUUCUCUGUUGGGUCCGUCGUUAUAAAAGUGAUAAAUGUGGUUUGUGUAUCGUUUGGUUUAAUAAUGUGAUGCACAAAGUCUGGAAUAAAGAAAAAAGAAAUUUAGAA